AUGCGCUACCUUUCGAGUAGUAUUACGGAAAACCCUGUUGAUGAGCACACACUCAUUAACGUGUUCAUCUACGGCCUUGUGGAUGGGCCGGUGAAGACGUACGUGUUCCGAGAGGGCUUCCAUGCGCUAGAAAAGGCGAUAGAGUUUGCGGGACAAGAAGACUUCAGCCUGACACCAAUUCAGGCUAUUCGUCAAACUAUCGUCCGACGAGAUGACAGGAAACAGAAAAUCCCGACUUAA